GCUGCACUUCAGGACCCUCCCCCGCUGGAUGCGACUGGUCUCUUUUUCUCUCUUUACACUCUUCUAAAUGUUUGCACCGCUUGAAGACUUUUCUAAGUGGAUGAGCCGUUGAAAACAAACGCAUAUUUUUUUUUCAAUCUCAAUUUCGUCCAUGGGAGCUGGUUUCGAGCUGCGAUAUUGAAGCGACAGAUUAUCCGGGAGUUCUUGGCCGGAGGGCAAGGACCAUGCCAACUCUACAUAGCUCCACUGUCCUACUGCUUUUGAGCUUCCUGAUUGGUCUGAGCUACUCACUGAACCCAGGAGAUCCCAAUGUGUGCAGCCUGUGGGAGAGCUUCACCACCUCAGUGAAAGAGUCCUACUCACAUCCUUACGACCAUGUGACGGAGGAGCCCUGCUCGGACCCUCGGACCUCCUACAAGUGCAUGCGCCACAGGAUCACCUACAAGACGGCCUACAGGCAGGCGGUGAAGACAGACUACCGUAAGAGGUACCAGUGCUGUCCAGGCUAUUACGAGAGCAGAGACAAAUGUGUCCCUCGCUGCACCAAGGAGUGUGUCCAUGGUCGAUGUGUCGCUCCAGACCGCUGCCAGUGUGAGGGAGGCUGGCGCGGCGACGACUGUUCCAGCGCCUGUGAUGACAAACACUGGGGGCCAGUCUGCAGUCAGCAGUGCAAGUGUGAGAACGGAGCUCUCUGCGAUCCCGUCAAGGGGACGUGUCAGUGUCCUCCAGGGUUCAUAGGCCGCUACUGCGAGGAGUUCUGUCCAGCAGGCACCUUCGGAAAGGGCUGUCUACAGAAGUGCAAGUGUGGGACCGGAGGAUCCUGUGAUAAAGCAACCGGAGAGUGCUUAUGUCGGGACGGAUUCACUGGGACUUUCUGUGAGAAGGCGUGUCAUAGGAAAUGCCAGGCACGAUGCUCCUGCCAGAAUGGUGGCAUUUGUAAAGGCAAAGGGAUCUGCGAUUGCCCACCUGGCUGGACGGGUGCAUUUUGCACAGAGCGAUGUUCGGAGGGAAGGUUUGGACAAAACUGUGCUCAGGAGUGUGUGUGCCACAACAGAGGCAAAUGUGACCCUGAAUCUGGACAGUGCCAGUGUGCUAAAGGUUUUACUGGUAACAGGUGUAAUGAGGAGUGUGCUGCAGGCACUUAUGGUCAAGACUGUAAAAGUGUGUGUGACUGUGCUAACGGCGCACGCUGCUACAACAUCGAUGGAGGUUGCCUGUGUGAGCCAGGCUUCAUUGGUUCACACUGCAGAGACAGGAUGUGUGAUCCCGGUAAAUACGGCAUGCACUGUGAACGCACGUGUCUCUGCCAGGACAAACACACACUCAGCUGCCAUCCAAUGAAAGGAGAAUGCACAUGCCAGCCAGGGUGGGCAGGACUGUUUUGUAACGAGACCUGCGCUCACGGUUUCUAUGGUCAUGGUUGCCUGGAGCCGUGUUUGUGUGUGAAUGGUGGGGUGUGUGAUAGCGCCACAGGACAAUGCCAGUGUGCCCCUGGGUAUACGGGGGUUCACUGUGAGAGUCAAUGCAAAAGUGGCACCUAUGGCAAGAACUGCACUCUGGAGUGCUCCUGUGAAAACUUUAUCGACUGCUCACCAGUUGACGGGACUUGCUUCUGCAAGGAGGGCUGGCGUGGGCCGGACUGUUCCACCCCCUGCUCUCAGGGAACCUGGGGCCCAGGAUGCAACGCCACCUGCCAAUGCGCCAACGGGGCAAAAUGUAAUCCUGCAGAUGGAUCCUGCACAUGCACAGCCGGCUGGCAGGGGGUGCACUGUGACCAACCGUGCCAGAUGGGCACGUUUGGGCCAGGCUGCCUGAAGAGGUGUGAUUGUGUUCAUGAUGACGGCUGCCAAGCUACCACCGGGAAAUGCCACUGUCUGCCAGGUUGGUCGGGUACUCGCUGUAACGAGCCAUGUUCAAAGGACCUGUGGGGGCGCCACUGUAACCAGUCCUGUUUGAAGCAUUGCCCCAACAGUGACACAUGCUUGAGGGAAACUGGAGUGUGUGUGUGUCGUCCAGGCUACUGGGGAGACACCUGUCAAAACAAAUGCAAAGCUGGUAAGUAUGGGGACCUGUGCAGCAUGUCGUGCCCAUUCUGUGGCCAGUCGUACCGCUGCCACCAUGUUACACGAGAGUGUGAUUGCCUACCUGGAUACACUGGACCCAACUGUGAUCAAUUGUGUCCAGCUGGAUAUUAUGGCAAACAGUGCUCUGAAGUGUGUGUUAACUGUGCCAACAACUCCACAUGCGACCACCGGGACGGUCACUGUGAAUGUUUGCCUGGCUGGACUGCUUCUGACUGCUCCAUACCCUGCAGUCCAGGCCGUUUUGGUCCGUUCUGCACUCAGACCUGCUCUUGUCCAACCAACCUCGUCUGUGACCGGUAUACUGGAGACUGUGUGUGUGAAAGUGAAGCAGAAGACUGUAAACAAGACUCGUCUGAGCAGUCGUGGAGCGUUAUGGUCCCCCUUCCUCCUGGUGAGAGGGAGUCGUGGGGAGCCAUUAGCGGCAUCGUCGUCCUCGUCAUCCUGGUGGUCUUGCUGCUGGCUCUGCUGCUGCUCUACCGCCGCAGGCAGAAGGACAAACAGAACAACACGCCGACCGUGUCCUUCUCCACCAGCCGCACAGUCAACUCUGAAUACGCAGUUCCAGAUGUUCCUCACAGUUAUCACCACUACUACUCCAACCCCAGCUACCACACACUGAUCCAGAACAGGCCUCCGCUGCCACACCUCCCCAACAACCACGACCGCACCAUCAAGAACACCAAUAACCAGCUGUUCUGCAGUGUGAAAAACAUGGAGAGGGAGAGACGGGGCCUGUUUGGGGUUGAGAGCAACGCCACCCUACCUGCAGACUGGAAACACCACGGGCCUCGCAAAGACUCAGGAGCUUUUGGAAUCGAUCGGAGCUACAGCUACAGCGCCAGCCUCGGAAAAUAUUACAGCAAAGAGCUGAAGGACGCAGUGGCGGUGAGCAGCAGCUCUCUGAAUAGCGAGAAUCCUUAUGCUACCAUCAAAGACCUGCCGGGCUUGCCCUUCUGCCACCCAGAGAGCAGCUACAUGGAGAUGAAGUCAGCCGUGCCCAGAGAGCGAGCGUACACCGAGAUCAGCCCGCCGCCGUUCAACACCGCCACCCUACGCAGAGAACGUAGAGGUUCCUCGGUCACGCUCCACAUGAGGACCCCCAGAGCCACUACGACCUCCCGUGAACAGCCACAUCCGGGACACUACGACCUGCGCUGUCGCCGUCCCCCCUCCCCCAGGAGAGCACCUCAGUGACAGUCACAGCAGCAGAGCAAGUUUCCCUCCCCCUCACUCUGGGGAGGAUUUUUAGGCCUGUGCUCGCAAAGACAGAGCAAACCUUUACGCUCUUCUUUGAUAAGCAAAGCUGCAGACUGGCAUCUAGUCCCACAGAGGAACUGUUGUUUACUGCAGAUGCACCCCCCCCCCAGUCAACCCAACACUGCCCCUCUGUGGGCUUAAGUGGUACUUGCCUCACCGUGACAGACUUGUCAUCCAGACUGGGGAGCCAGCCGGCUGCGGGGAGGAAGGUUGGACUGUGGCAACGCCAGCAGGGCUGCAGCUGCACACACCUCCCAUGGGAAAAAUAAGCCAGAAGACUUCACUGUUAAAAGCAGAAACUUGGGAAUUUUUUUUAUCUUUCAACUCAUCUAAACGUGCUGUAAUUAAACUUCCCAGACAUUUUGCAUGUUCAAAAGAAAUCUUUUUUUUUUUUCUGUCUUCAUCAUCAAAAACAUCUAAUUAACACAUUGAAGAUUUCUUAAUUUAGGUAUUUUACUUCUUUCUUUCUUUUUUUUAUCCAAACUUUAACAGGGAGCUUUGGAUGAACUCAUCACAGCUGGAGUUCUUUUUGAUUCGCUCAUUAAAAAACCUUGUCAUCCUUAUAGAAGGAAAAAGACAAAAGGUCAUAUAAAGAUACAUACAAGUCUGUUUUGUAUGUAUCUUGCCAGGCUUUGGUCUGAGACAUUAUUAAAAAAUGUUUUUAUUGCUGAUAUUCAGGUUUUAGAAAUGUGGAGAAGUCAGGUAGUUUCAUCAAGACAACUGACACACAUGGCCCCUGUUGGUUUAAACAAAUGUGGCUCACUUAUUGCUGCUGUCAGAUGAGAAUUUUGUAAAUAUAGAAAUGAAUGUUGUUAGAGCCAUAGUAAUUUAGAAGAGCAGCCCUAUUUUAAGAUGUUUAAAGGGGUUUGUGACCAAAGAUUGCAUAUGUAUGCUAAAUUGAUACCAAAAGCUCACAAGCACAAAUACU